CCCCGCGCGGGAAGUAGGAGGAGCUCCGCAUCGGCCUAGAGUGGCCGGUGUGGGUUGUAGUGGUGGGGGGUGUCACUUCCCGCGGUGUCUCCUCUUCUGCGAGGCCGGAAGGCGUCUGUCUUGUCAGCCUUCUCCCGACGCCCCUCGACCUCGACCGGCCCGCGGUGGAGUGGCAGGAGCUGCACUGGGUAGACAGGGGCAGCGCCUGCCCGGAGGGAGAUACAAAAUUAGAUGAACCUAUGCCCUUUAUCACUGUGGAGAUCUUGGAGAAUCACCUGAUCACAGAGUUCACAUGUGUUCUAUCUCAGAGGCAGCUGUUGGACAACAAAAUGUUCUCUCACUUGUGAACAUUAACAGAGGGAAGUUUUUAAACAAGUUGUUUAACUACGGGUCCAAAUUGAAGAAAGAUAUAAAAAUCCUUAUGGAGAGGAGAACAGUACUUUGUUUGCAGGUGUGCAAAGUCUCCAAGUAAAUCAGAGAGAAGAGGAGCUAUAGUGAGGCCAGAGGUGUGGGAAGGCCUGAGUGGGCUCACACACGAGUUCCUCAUCUGUGGACAUGUUUCCAGACCGGUCCUCACUCCCCUAAAGACAAACCCGAAACUUUAAAGCAGGUCAAGUGAUGGAGGAGUCAGAUGAUGAUUUCAAAGAACUCUGUGCCAGCUUUUUCCAAAGGGUGAAAAAAAAUGCGACCAAAGAAGCGUCAGGAGAGAGGACAAGGCGGAAGGCCUCCGGGCGCACUCAGAACAGAGGCAAGCGGAGAGAAGCCAGCCACGUUGUCGCCAGGAGCAAAGCCCUUCAAGGUCCUUCAGAGAAGAGACCGCGAUUAGGCAGCCAGACCCCUAGGACUAAAAAGCCAGGGGCACCCAGAUCUCAAGAAGGGGACCCAGCUCUCCCCGAGAAUGCAAAGGGAGAUGUUCUUGCUCCUACCCCAGAUCAGCCUGUGUUGUGUGAAAGAGCACAGAGCAUUCAGACAGAGAGUGCUCCCAAUGGCGACUCCCAGCCCCUUCCAUCCUGGUUCACAACGACAACGACGACUGGUAUGCCAAGUCCCUCCAAGCCGAGAGCCUCAGAGCUUGUUCUGCAACGGAUGAAGCAGUUCAAGAGGGCAGACCCUGAGCGCUUGAGACAUGCCUCAGAAGAAUCUACCCUAAAGACCGCACUGGGAGAAAACGUCCUAAGGAGCCCUCAGGCGGAGACAGUGGUAGAAAACGAGUAUAAACCCAAGCUUCAUACCACAGACAGCGAUGCUGCCAUGGCACUGGCCUUACAGCAGGAGUUUAGAAGGGAGGAAGCAUCCUCACGCCAUGACAGCCUGGAGGAGAAGGGGUUGUUCUUCUGUCAAAUGUGUCAGAAAAACCUCUCAGCAAUGAAUGUGACUCGGAGGGAGCAACACGUGAACAGAUGCCUAGAUGAGGCAGAGAAGGCACAGAGACCUGCUCCACCUCAGAUCCCUGAUUGUCCAAUAUGUGGUAAACCAUUCCUCACCACCAAGAGCCGAAUCAGUCACCUGAAGCAGUGUGCAGCGAGGAUGGAAGUGGGUCCCCAGCUCCUGCUUCAGGCAGUGAGGCUGCAGACAGCUCAGCCAGAGGUGGGCAGUAGCCCUCAGGUACCCAGUUUCAGCAACCAUGUUGGAGGUUUGAAACAGAAAGGAGUCACCAACAAGAGGGAGCCACAGAGGAAGUGGAAAGUCAAUAAGCCUGAGGCUCCGUCUGAAGAUCUGCUGGUAGCCAUGGCUCUGUCUCGCUCUGAGAUUGAGCACUGUCCAGUUGUGCCCCCACUCAGACUGGAAAAUGCUUUUUCUGAGAAGAUAAGGAUAGGAGCAGAGAAGAAAAGUCGCAGGAAGAGACCCCCAGUGUGCCCUCCACAGUUGGUAACCCAAGACUCUGAGACCACAAGUAGACAGAUUGAGGAUCGUGUUGCCCAGCUUCUGUCAGAGGAAAUAGAACCGUCUUGCACUCCACCACUUCUUGCCAGCAAGAUUUUUAAGGAAGAAUUGGAACAUGCAGGCUGGCGAGUGCAGCUGCCUGAAGGGAAGCAGAAUUUUCUGUGGGAUCUCAGUUCCCUUACAGGAACCUGGGCUAAGGAGUCCUUCUACACAGUGGGCCUGCUUCCUCCAGUUGUAUCCCAGUGUCCUACCAAGGAACCCGAGCUACCACUGGAGCUGCCCAAGCAACAAGAGCCAAGUACACAAAGGCCACCUGCUUCGCAGAGCAGCCUUCCUGUGAGCCACAGCCCCAAGAACCAGCUGCUGUCCUCCAGCCAGAGGGAGCGUCAAGCCCUUCAGGACCUUGUAGACUUGGCAGUGGAGGGGCUGAGCUCUAGCGCACGACCCAGGAGUCUAGGUGUGCCCACAGGGUUGGACGUGGUACCUAGCAGCCUUCCACUGACGGGGUUUGUCCUGCCAUGUAAGAAGAGCCUGAAGAGGGAUGACAGUGCCUCACUCUCUCUUGGAUUAUUGGUGACAGACUUUGGGGCCAUGGUCAAUAAUCCACACCUGAGUGAUGUCCAGUUCCAGCUUGACAGUGGAGAGGUGCUUUAUGCCCACAAGUUUGUGCUUUAUGCUCGAUGCCCACUUCUUAUUCAGUGUGUAAAUGCUGAAGGCUUCUCUGCUGUAGAGGACGGGGAUCUGACCCAGCGUGUCCUGCUGAGUGAUGUGAGCUCGGAGACCGCCCACGCAUUUCUGAACUACCUGUACAUGGCGGACACUGACAUGCCUCCCAGCCUGGCUCCUGAUCUGCGUUCCCUGGCUCUAAGGUUUGGUGUGAGUGACCUUGUCCAGCUGUGUGAACAAGUACCUGCCAUGGCGGACUUAGAGGGAGAGCAGCUAGAGGCCAGUGAGGAUUGUGAGAGCAGAGCUUUCCAGGAACUUCUGAGGUCGGUGUGGGUAGACAAAGAGGAAGAAGCAGAGACUCUGCUGAACUCCGAGGUCCGUGAAGAAGAAAAAGUGGAUGAAGCAGAAAUGGAAGAGAUAUAUGAGUUUGCAGCGACACAGAGGAAGCUGCUUCUCCAGGGGGAAAGAGCGGCAGACACAGAUGGGAGCACUCCCCAGCGCGGGGAGGACAGGCCAGUAUCCGAGCCUUCCCUGGCAGGUGUCCAGAGUAACAGACAGCUAGAAAAUACAGAGCAAAUGGAGUCAUCUGGGUUAGGAAAAGAAGAGGCACUAGCCAGCUGGGAACACGAAGGAAGUUCCAUUCCACUGCAGGACCAGUGCCCAGCCUGGGCAGGGAAAGCAGAGGCCCAGGAUGCACUGGAGAAGGCAAUUGACCACCCCAGCUUCUGCAGCCCUUCUGACAGCCACCAAGGGAGGGGGAAAGAAUACUUGCCUUUUUACCCAAACAAGGCCCAUGACUGCAAACAGCUCCUUCCAUCAAAUCCAAGAGUGUCAUCUGAACUGUCACAAAUAACAGUUGAUCAUGAAGAGCAGAGUGACCAUGUCAGGGAGAGGCAGGCAGACAUGGCCCAGGCACCUACUCCACACCCAUGUGGUCUUCUGUCACAGUCUUCUGUGGGUGGAAGUCCCAGCCAGUCACGGCUUCACCCACACCACACAAGCAAUUUGUCCCCCUCAGUGUCCCAGUCACACAGUAGCAUUUCCAAAGUGACGCCCCCAAGCUCAUUGUCUCCAGUUACACCAACUAAGCAGAGGAGGGACAGUAACAUUCACACAUUACAGAAAGAUGCUGGCCACCACAAAGGCAAACAAAGUAGCCCCAUAUUGGGACGCAGAAAUAGGGGCAUCCUGAUUUCCCCAGCAAAGUCUCCACCCAUUGACCUGACACAGUCAGUACCGGAGCCCCUGAGCCCCAGGGCCCAGAAUCCUCUGCGUCACAUAAAGGAGGACGAGGUCAUCCUGUUACUGGAUUCAGAUGAGGAGCAGGAGCUGGAGCACACCAAGACAGAGUCAGUCUCUAAAGAUUCCCCAGAAGGAAGGAAAGUUCCAGAAGUUAGCCCCAGGUCCUCUGAACUGUUUUCAGUCAUUGAUGUUGAAGAAGAUCAUGAACAUUUCCAAAGCCCACUGAAGAGAGAGGUGGGGCUGCAGCAGGGAGAGGAGGGGCAGCUGGGAAACCAGUCCACGCUGGGCCGCAGAGACAUCCCCUGGCUGUUCUGCAGCCAGAAAAACAGCCUGGAUGAGGACAGCACUACAGAUACCUCUUGGCUGGUGCCUGCCACUCCAGGGGUCAGCAAGAGUCGUGAUUGCUCAUCACAGACUCAAAUCAAAAGCCUUAAGACCAGAACUCUUUCAGAUGAAACUGCUCAGCACACACCCAGGCCUAACUUAGACCGUAGGACUGUGCUGGAAGCAGCCCAGCAGUUCUCUGUGAUCAUGCCACACACACAGCCUGUUACUCUAGGAGCCUCUGAUAGUGGGAGACAGGCCUAUCGAAGCCCUUCCCAUCCCUACCUCAGGCGCCACAGGGUCUCCUCUUCACAGCCAUCAUGUUCUAGCCCUGAUUUUACCAGGUGGUCCCAGAAAUCCUUCUCACCUAGACCAUGCCUGCCAAAUCCGCCUGCAGCUGAUGAUGUGGUAGAAGUUGGGGACAGUGAUGAUGAGCAGGAGGUGGCUUCCCAUCAAGGAAACAGCAGCCCCGUGCUAGAUGUUAACCCCCCAUAUCCCAUGGGUGACUACUGUUGGAAUGAGCCUCUCUCACCAAUUCCAAUUGACCACUUGAAUCUGGAGAGGACCGGCCCCCUGACCACAAGCAGUCCCAGCAGUCAGGCCCCAGAGGCUCUGCACAGUGAUGACUGCCACUCCCCAGGACUUGACACCACCCCCAUCCGAGGAAGCUAUGGUGCUCUGAGAGAGUCUCAGGAGCAGUCCUCACAGGCUGGCUCUCCAGAGAGCAGCAAACUGAGUGUCCUUAGCCAGGCUCUGUGGGACGACUGGGACGAGAAGGAAGGACAGUCUCCAGAGGCUCCACCUGUGGCCCACGUGCUGAGUGCCAGAGCUCGGAAGCCAGACAGGAAGCCAGAGACACCAAAAGGUGCUAGCCAGAAGAAGAAGUUGCCCCCCAAAGUGCCUAUAACUCCAAUGCCAAGGUAUUCGAUCAUGGAGACCCCGGUGCUGAAGAAAGAACUGGACAGGUUUGGAGUUCGUGCUCUGCCCAAACGCCAGAUGGUUCUAAAACUGAAGGAGAUUUUCCAGUACACUCACCAGACUCUGGAGUCAGACUCUGAGGAUGAGAUCCAGUCCUCCCAGAUACCCCAACAGGUACCUGGUAGCCAGGCAUCUACCACUGAGACCUGCAACCCUUCAAGGUCAGGAAGUUACACUCAGCUCAGGGCCACUGCAGAUCUUGGGACUCAAAGAUCCAAGGGCUCUACUAAAAGCAAGAGUCUUCAACAUCAAGAGAAGCAGCUCAGUGAAAGUAUUUCCCAGCCAAAUAGGUUGCUAGCUGGGGAGCCUUCAUGCCCUGAUGGCAAUGCCCAGCUCCCAGCCUCCCAGGAAUCCGUGGCUACCUCUGUGGAUGGCAGUGACAACUCCUUUAGCUCGCAAAGCUUGUCUGGUGAGUUUGGAGCUGCCUUUGAGUCUUCAGGUGAAGACAAGGACGACGGGGACGGGGUCACUGCAUCACAGGUAGCAAUCCGGGCCGCAGACACAGAGGAGGCGGUGAGGCGCUACAUCUGCUCCAAGCCUGCCCUGCACAGGAAGGUCCUGAUGUACCAGCCUCUGGAGCUGGCUGAGCUGCAGGCUGAGCUGAAGCACAGUGGCAUCCCUGUGGCCAUGGGCAAGCUGCUGGACAUCCUGGAUGCUCAGUGCAUCACCUUCACGACUGCCGCAGCCCGAAAGGAGAAGCUCAAACAGAAGAGACGACAGCCCUCAGGCCGAAAGAAAAAGGAUCAGAAAUGACAGGCCUCCUCCACCCAAUAAAUCUGCCAGAGGGCCAGAGCACCUAGUGUAAGUCAGGCCUCCACGGUAUGUCAUAGGACACGGGCCUGUGUCUGUGUAAAGGACAAGAACCCCAGCGUACUUUCCUGCACUUCAGCUCCAUGUGUCAGUCACCCUUGGACUCAGAGCAGGCCUUCCCCCCUCAGCCAGUGCCAGUUUUCCACCUUUGGUCCAACCAGGGUCCCAUCCUGUGUGUUGCUGUGGCAGUGGGCCACACCAGCGACCAGAGCAAGACCCAAGCCUUCUUCACUUGCCUUUCUGUGGUCAGCACCCCCAAGCACAGCUGCCCUAUAGUAUAUUCAGGAUGGGCAUUGGGUCCAGCCUGCCUUCCCAGCAUCAAAACCAGCCCAGCUGCCAUAGCAGACCAGGCACUGAUGGGCGGCCUGCAUCCUGUUGUGGGUGCUCCCCUGCUCUGUGUCCACUCAGAUACUUGCCACUGUCACCAGCAUUCUUCAAGUAGGGCCAGCAUAGCUAUGAAGACCCCCAAAGUAAGCAUGCUGUUUGUGGGCUCCACCCAUUUGUGUUAAGCAUUCUUGAACCAGUGUGGACUCUGGGACCAGAAAAAAACCAGAAGUUUGGGUUUCCUAAGCCUGUGAAUGUCCUUGUGUGUUUUAAAUACAGUGAAGUUGUUUUAUAUAAUGUGCAAUAAAAACAAAGAAGGCUUUAUUUAAAAAUAAAUAAA